AUGUCGUACAAGCCGGCCAUCACUUCAAUGUCUCUCGGCCGUGCAUGGCUUCAUGAGCUUCCCCCCAAGAUCGCUGCAGCCAGAGACUUCGCAGGAAUCGAGGUGUUUUAUGAAGAUCUUGAAUACCUCGCCAGAUCACUUCACGACGGUCUGUCCGAUAAGGCCAUUUUAGAAGCUGCACAAGAAUUCCGAAGACUCUGCGAUGCACAGGAUCUCGAGAUCAUCGCACUCCAGCCUUUCAUGCAUUAUGAAGGGCUAUUGGACCGUGAUGAGCACCAACGGCGUAUUGAAAGGUUACAAUUAUGGUUUCGGAUCGCGCAAAUUCUCCGGACAGACACGAUCCAGGUCCCGUCAAACUUCUUGCGGGAAGGCGUCACAGGCGAUAGGGAGACCAUUAUUUCCGACUUUCAAGAAAUUGCAGAUCUCGGUCUGAAAGAGACGCCACCGAUACGUUUUGCCUACGAGAACCUGUGCUGGGGCACGUUUAUAAACAAGUGGCACCAAUUGUGGGAGAUUGUCGCCGUCGUGAAUAGGCCCAACUUCGGAAUUUGUCUAGAUACUUUCCAUGUCGCUGGCGGGGAAUGGGCGGACCCAAGCUCAGAAGACGGCAGAAUAAAGGAUUCAGAUGCGGUCUUAGAGACGAGUCUCGCAAAAAUGGUGACCACCAUCGAUCCCCAGAGGGUGUUCUAUGUUCAAUUAGUCGAUGGUGAGCGAUUAGAUUCGCCUCUCAAACCAGGACAUCCUUUUUGGGUAGACGGACAACCGGCCAGAAUGAGCUGGUCGAGAAAUGCCAGAGUGUUUGCGUUUGAAGAACGAGGCUAUAUGCCCGUGAUGAAGGUUCUGAAGGCGUUUGUUGACCCUCCUCCUCAUGGCUUGGGCUAUACAGGUUGGAUAAGCCUAGAAUUGUUCUCUCGCACCAUGGCCGAAAGCGGAGAUGAUAUCCCCAUUCAACACGCACAGCGUGCAUGGAAAUCAUGGAAUCGCGUAGUAGAGGUCAUGGGCUGGGGAAAAAUGAAGAAAUCCGGGUCAGAUUACUGUGUGCCCACCAGAUCUAACGAGAAUGGAGAUGGGAUCUGUUCCUACCGCUAG